AUGCCUCCUCACCACCAUUCUCCAUUGGAAGAUCAGUCUUUUGCCUCCAUGGCCGAUCAAUUGGCUCAACUAGUUGCUAUAACUAUCGCCAACAACAACCGCAUCGAUGCCAUCAUUGCCAAGCUAACUGAGAUCACUGAAAUCCCCACCACCACAUUGAUCAAAAACACAAAUAUGGGGGAUAUCACGUCACAACCACUGCCACCGACAUCCCCAUCACAACCGUUGCUGCUAACAACACCGACAUAUCCACCGUUAACACUGUCGGCAACCCCACCUUCACCAAUUCAAUCGAAGAUACAACCGCCGUCGCCCCCAUCACCAUAG